GUGUCACAGCGAGGCGAAUUGACGUCAAUGGCAAAUUUUUCGAUUGGUGUUGACCGUUUCCGGUAAAGUGUCCGUCCGACGGUUUGAGGACAAAAACGAGAGAAAAGAGGGUAAAACCGGAGAGCGAGCCGCACCCAGGAGUUUCGGUGAAAGCCGCAGGUCAGCAUGGCUUCGGGCAGCGUGAGCAGUGAGGAGGAGAAGAGCCUCCGCGAGUGUGAGCUCUACGUGCAGAAACACAACAUCCAGCAGCUGCUGAAGGACUGCAUCGUACAGCUAUGCACCUCCCGACCCGAGAGGCCCAUGGUAUUCCUGAGAGAAUACUUCGAAAGACUGGAGAAGGAGGAGGCCAAGCAGCUUCUGAGCCAGCAGAAGACCAGCUCACGCUCCGACUCACGGGAAGAUGAAGUUUCUCCUCCCAUGAAUCCGGUGGUGAAGGGCCGCCGGAGGAGAGGAGCCAUCAGCGCCGAGGUUUACACUGAGGAGGACGCCGCCUCCUACGUCAGAAAGGUUAUUCCAAAAGACUACAAAACCAUGGCAGCUCUGGCCAAAGCUAUUGAAAAGAAUGUGCUCUUCUCACAUUUGGAUGAUAACGAGAGAAGUGAUAUAUUUGAUGCCAUGUUUCCAGUCACCUACAUCGCCGGAGAGAUAGUUAUUCAGCAAGGGGAUGAGGGAGACAACUUCUAUGUAAUUGAUCAAGGAGAAAUGGAUGUGUAUGUGAACAAUGAGUGGGCGACCAGCAUUGGCGAGGGCGGGAGUUUCGGAGAACUGGCGCUGAUCUACGGCACCCCCAGGGCAGCCACGGUCAGAGCCAAGACCAACGCCAAGCUGUGGGGCAUCGACAGAGACAGCUACAGGAGAAUACUGAUGGGAAGCACUCUGAGGAAGAGGAAGAUGUAUGAAGAGUUCCUUAGCAAAGUAUCUAUUUUAGAGUCUCUGGACAAGUGGGAGCGCUUGACGGUGGCUGACGCUCUGGAGCCGGUGCAGUUUGAGGACAGUCAGAAGAUUGUGGUCCAGGGAGAACCGGGCGACGAGUUCUUCAUCAUUUUGGAGGGCUGUGCAGCAGUACUGCAGCGGCGAUCUGAGAAUGAGGAGUUUGUGGAGGUGGGACGGUUAGGACCUUCAGACUACUUUGGUGAGAUCGCCCUGUUGAUGAACCGUCCCCGUGCUGCCACUGUGGUGGCCCGUGGCCCCCUCAAGUGUGUCAAGCUGGACCGGCCGAGAUUCGAGCGUGUGCUGGGGCCCUGCUCGGACAUCCUCAAACGCAACAUCCAGCAGUACAACAGCUUCGUCUCACUGUCCGUCUAAAUCAACCCCUGCCUCUCUCACUCUCUCCCUCUGUCUGUCUCUCUUUCUCUGUCUCUCUCUCUUUCUCCCUCAUAUACACACACAAACACACUUGAACUGCAGGGUCCACCCAUGCAGUAGGUUUAUAUUUUUACCAUUGUACUCAUCUUUUAUUAAGUUUUCAGCUCACUUAUGUUAACAUACAUCACUUGAACAUUGCACAGCGUUCCUCUGUGUUCCUCUGUGUUCCUCUGUGUUCCUGCUCCCCUCUAUCAGAUCCGAUCAAUGUCAGCUACAGACGCGUCGCUGACGGGACAAUCAAAUGGAAUUUACUCCAGCCUUUCCUGAGCAGUCAGUACAUAUUACCUAUUAAAGACCGGACGUAAAGUGGAAGAGAGAGAUUAUAUUUUUUCAAAAGUGUGUUUGAAGAAGACCCUGAUUUUCCUUUGGCUUCCUGUGCUUUAGUUGAAGUAGUUUUUUAAGAGUAGUUUUGUAAAAAAACAAACUGUAAAAGACCCUCCUUCCGCACCCCUCAGCAGCCGCUGUUAGCAUGCUUAUGAAGUUACUCUUUAUAAAGCCUUACGUGUCUUGCCCUCCCUCCCCCUCACCCCACUGAUCUGUCUGUAUGAAUAGUUUCUGAAGCAAGUCGCAUGUAGCGUUAUCUGAAUGAAGGAGUUUCUGACUGGUUUUAUUUUACUGCUCUAUUCACCAUUCCAGCGUGCAGCCUCUCCAGUUCCUCAGUUGUUUUAUUUGCACACGUUCUUGUAUUAGAUUAGCAGAUUUGUGAUUUUGCUGUUUAAAAGAUUGGCUUACCAGCAGGAUUCCAGUAAAGGAGUGAUUUUAGUCUCAAUGCCGGUGCCAAAGUGCAGGUGGUAACAACACGUUUCACAUUUACAGUCACUUUGCAGAGCAUCAGUAGGGUAUGGAAGCUCAUUCCCACCAUAAAGAGGAUAAAAUAAAGCGUUCUUGCUCUUAUUGUGGCAGCAGUUUGGCAAGUUGUCGAUUUAGUAUCUUAUUGUGAUUUUGUUUUCUCCUAAUUAUGAGGUAAUGUCUUAAAAUAAUGGUAUACUGUGGCAAAUAAUCACCUUACAUAAACAAAAAGGUCAAGUAAAAGGUCAUACUGACUUAAAAAAUAUUUAGUUUCAAGAUACUGAGUAAAAAAAAUUCAACUAGUUAAGAGCUCAGUCACAAUUUCAAGAUGUACUCAUAAUUUUGAGGUACUAAUUCAAAAAGUAAGAUAUGCAUCUGAAAUUUAAGGGUAUUUACUCAAAAUUUCAAUACGCCAAGUUGAAAAUCGAGAGCUCUAAUUACAGUUUUAUGAUUAUAAUUUAGAUUAAAGGUGAGUCUAUCUUUAGAAAAUCUUUAGAAACUUUGAAAUUUUAAGAUACUAAAUCUAGAUGAAGCUGCACCAAGUAAAAAUGUCCAGCUAUUAAAAAGUUUAAAUACUUAAAGUAAUGUUUUGAUUGUCACUGAUAUAUAAAAAGUCACCGACUUCCUGCCUGCAGGAAUCAGGAAUGGCCUUCUCCUGUAUCUUUGUAUGUUUGAGGAUGGGCUUCCAUAACGAGCGUCUGUUUUAAAUUAACCUUAUUAAUUGAUUGAUUGUGUAAAUCAAAAGAAGAGUAUGCUGUGCCCUACUGAUCAGAUUUGGUUCAGGUUUCAGAGCACCAGUAUUAGAACUGCUGUCAGUAUGUUCCACACCGAGAUUUCUUGUUUGUUUUCAGCUCUGCUUUAGAAGCUUGGUGCCAUAAGACAUUAUGGGAUGCAUGCUUACGUUUUCUUUUCCUGUUUCCUUCUUUAUGGUGGCAGCAUGCACGGUUGUUGCGCUCGCUGUGUGAAAUGGGCUCAUUGGUUCUGUGAUGUAGAGAAGAGCUGGGCUGGGAGCGAGGCGGAGGUGAGGAGUUGUACAGCGUUACCUGUGUGGUUCAGUGCAGCCUUACUGAGGGUUACUGUAGCCCUGCAGAGACCAGCUGUUGGUUAUGUUGGAUUAUUUUUAUUAUAAAGAAGUUGCUUGGUUUUUGAAGUAGAUGUUAAACGAAUAUUUGCUCCUGUAUUCAGAUUAGUGUUAUUAGCAGGAUUUUGAACGUUUAAUAUAUUUGACCCCUUUGACAAAAGUGUAGAUGUCCCGUGACUUCUGGCAUCAUAGGAAAAUCUCCAUAUGGAGUGCUUCAAAUGUAAGAUAAACCCUUCCUUGUUUUCAUCACUUUAUUUCUGUUGUACAUCAUAUUUUUUCACAUCACUCAUUCACAAUCACUUGUAUUUAUCAAAUCAUAUUUUACUCCCUAAAUCACGGGCAGCGUUCUUCAGUAUGGGAGGGCUGGCCUGCUCAAGCACACCUAUUAGUCUGGGCAAAUUAAAGAAGAACUAUAUAUAUAUAUAUAUAUAUAUAUAUAUAUAUAAACUAUAUUAACUAUAUAUUUCACUUCAGGGUGUGGUGUGGAAAAAAAGAAGCUUCUUUCUAGAUAAACCUACCCAGUUUACACUGUUCACAGUGGUUGUAAAUGGACAAAGUUAAAACCUAAAAAUUAAAACCCUAUAUGGUUAUGAAUUUACGGCUUUACUAAAGCCUGAGAUACUGUUACACCAGAGUUCUGAGAUAAUUUUAGGCAUAAAACGUGAUUUAAAAAUCGCAUAUCAUUAAAACGGUGGAGGGAUACACAAGUGCAGGGUGUUAUGUGGCAAAAAGUAGUCCCCUCUAGUUUCUGUAGUUCUGUAUGCUGUAGUUUCACACCAGACCCACACUCUGAAUGUGUUCAUCUCUCACACACACUGAGAUAUGCAGGUGAUUUAAAGGAUCACCAAUCUUCUCUUUAAACUGUCUGGACGGUGUGUGUGUGUGUGUUUGAGAAAGGAAUGGCCGAACUGUGCUGGACUCUCGUCACCCAAGCCCUGAUUCCCUCUCUCUCACAGUUACAGUGAUGCUUUCCUGCACUGUAUGUAUGUACGUAUGAAAAGAUGAAUGGAUGAAAGGAUGGAUGGAUGGAAGAAUGAAUGGAUGGACGAGUGCUCGUGUGUAUUUCUAUGUACAAGAGGAAUAUUAAUCUAGCUUGCCUUGGCUUCUGUUACUGAGGAGUGUAUGUACUCUCGCUGGCUCCGUCUCUGAGCUGGUUUUGUGAAGCCUGCAGUUGUUCGAGCUGCAGGUUACUGUACACAGUGGACCAGUUUUCUUCUUUUUAUUUUAUUUAACCCAAACUAUUUGCUUUGAUUUCCAGUGUGUCAUGCCCAGAUGAUAAUAUUUUCUUUUUCUUUUGGUAUAGAUUGUCCUAAUGGCAGUUUAAGCAAUAAAAAAAGUUAUUAUUGAA